AUGAAAACAGCAAAACUAAAUAAGCAUAAUCAUGUUGAGGACAUUAACAACAGAGAUUCAAUACUAACGAAUGUAACAGAGGAUCUAGAAGGAGAAUUGGAGGAAUCAUUGAGGGUACCGGAGGAGAAUAAGAUACAUGAACAACACAAUGAAUUUUUAAACCAUUCAGAUAUAACUUUUGAGGCUAUUCAUCGUGAUUCCGCUUUAACGUAUGCAACAGAGAAAUCAGAAAAUGAAUUGACAGCAGAACUUGUGAAAAAGGAAGAUUCAAAGGAACAAAAUAUUAACAAUAUAUUACAAACCUUUAGUGAACAGACUGGAGUUUCUUGCCUCGAUGAUAUAAAAAGACAAUCAACAAUUACCUUAUACUUUUAUUCAAUCUCAUUCCAACUGAACCUCACUUUGAUAAUUUAUCAAGAACGAAUGCAACUACGAAUUCCAAAGAAAAUCCAGCAAGGUUUACAACAUGGCAAAGAAGUAACGUCUACUAAAAAUGUUCUGGUUGUCCCAAAAAUCAUCUCGGAGGGUUUAAAGCUCUGGAAAUCUUCUAGAAAAUUGGCAUCCAAAUUAUCGUUAAAAG